GAGCGAAGGAGCCGCUUGGCGGCGCCCCAAGAGGGUGGGGUCGGGCAGCGGAGCCGGGCUCGCCAGAGCGAUCCGCGCGCAGUGCGGGCUGCACGGAGCCAGCGCAGCAACCGGACGUGGAUCCAUAAGCAUUCAAGAUCAUUUUCUUCUGAAUUAUCCAUGACUUGGAAACAGCCCUUUGCUGCCUGUGUAACCAUCUCCUCGGGCUGUGCCCUCACCCUGCCAGCGCUCACCCGGAGCAGGAGGGAAUAAUCAGACCAGCCCCUCAGCCUCCCUGAGCUGAAAGGAUGCCGUGUUCUGCAUGCAUGGGGGCGACAGCCUCCCUGUCCUGCCAGCCAAGCACCCUGUCUCGUCCACAUCCCUGAAGGCAACAGUGGCUCUUCUGGCGCGGAAAGCCGGCGGGGUCUAGGCUGAGCCCUGCGUGGAGAUGGAGAACCACACGGUGGUUGCGGGGACCAACUCCUGCACUUUCCAAGAGGAAUUCAAGCAGGUCCUGUUGCCCCUGGUCUACUCCGUGGUCUUUGUGGUGGGGCUCCCGCUGAACGUCAUCGUCAUUGUACAGAUCUGGCUCUCCAGGAAAGUGCUGACCCGCACCGCCAUCUACAUGCUGAACCUGGCCAUGGCCGACCUGCUGUACGUGUGCUCCUUGCCGCUGCUCAUCUACAACUACAUACAGAAGGACUACUGGCCCUUCGGGGACUUCACCUGCAAGUUCGUCCGCUUCCAGUUCUACAGCAACCUGCAUGGCAGCAUCAUGUUCCUCACCUGCAUCAGCAUCCAGCGCUACCUGGGCAUCUGCCACCCUCUGUCGUCCUGGCACAAGAAGAGGGGCAAGAGAUUCACCUGGAAAGUGUGCGGUGGAGUGUGGGUCGUCGUCAUUGCUGAGUGCCUGCCCACCUUCGUCUUCGCCUCCACGGGCAUCCAGAGGAACAGAACCGUGUGCUACGACCUCAGUCCCCCGGACCGCUCUGCCAGCUACUUUCCCUAUGGCAUGACCCUGACUGUCACAGGGUUCCUCCUCCCCUUCGUCGCCAUCCUGGGGUGCUACUGCAACAUGACCAGGAUCCUCUGCCAGAAGGACGAGAUGAUAGGCUUGGCCGUGCGCAAGAAGAAGGACAAGGCCAUCCGGAUGGUGGUCAUCGUGGUCAUCGCCUUUGCCAUCAGCUUCUUCCCCUUCCACCUGACCAAGACCAUCUACCUGAUCAUCCGCUCCUCGGCAGGGGUGCCCUGCCUGGUCUUGCAAGCCUUCGCCAUCGCCUACAAGUGCACCAGGCCCUUCGCCAGCAUGAACAGCGUCCUGGACCCCAUCCUCUUCUACUUCACCCAGCGCAAGUUCCGGGAGAGCACGCGCCACUUGCUAGACAAAAUGAGCUCCAAGUGGCGGCACAAUGCCUGUGGCACAUACAAACCAUAGGUGCUCAGGAAGGACGUAUGGGAGGGGUGUUCUGCUGCAUGGGGGCAGAGGACGGAGUGGUGGGGGCCUUAUCCCAACCAGCCCUGCUUUACCCAGCACCAAGGAGAGAAAGAGAGAGAGUAGGAGGCAGGAUCUGAGGGUCAUGAGCACAGAGCUGGGAGCCAGGAGCUUCUGAGUUCUAAUCUCAGUUCUGCUCAUGGAUGGGUCACUUGGCUGCUCUGUGUCUGUUUCCCCAUCUGUGGAACGGAGAAUACUCUGUAAAUAACAGGUAAAAUUAUGCUGACCUGCCUCCCAUUGGUCAGGGCCCAGAAAGGGCUUUGAGUAUGGACCAUACUCAGAAGAGUUCAUCCUUAAAAUUCCAGCCAGGCACCUGAGCUGGGAGAGGCUCCAAUAUGGUUGAAAAGAAGGAAGCGAAGACAAUGGGGAGUAGGUGGUGUCCGAACGCAGUGCUAGUAGCAGGCCUGUGAUACACCGCAGCUGGUACAAUGAGGAAGGCCAUGCAAUGUGCUGAUCCGCUGCUCGCUAUGAACCACUGCUCAGUCUAUGGAUUUCAGCAGCACCGCUGAGAAACUGGUGGUCUUGGCCAAAGGUCUCUGACUGACAAAGUGUGGGGCUUUGCAGCAAAUUGUACUACUGACAAAAAUAACAAUGGGUGGUACUCGACACUAGUGGACUUGCAGCCCCGAUGGGUUUGUCCUGAAGUGCUUCAUUUAGAACGAAGUUCCCAGUGGAUUUGGGAAAUCGGUUACAUGUUGAACCUCUCUAGUCUGGCACCCUGGGAAUCUGGCCAGUUCCGAGUGAGAGAAUUUUCCAGACCACAGGAGGUCAAUAUUGUCCAGCAGCAUUACGAACACUUCCACUGCU